UUGAUGCUGGUGACUACUUCGGUAUAAUGCAAGUAGAAGAGGUGGAUGAGGAGGAAGAUGAUGAUGAAGAAAUGGAAGAACAAUUAAAAAAGAAACCAAACCCUGGAAAUGAACCUUGUUUCAAAGUUAUUGUAACAAAUGAGAAUGGGCUUCAAGCCUCCAAUCCCAAUAGCAUUUUCCUCAUCGACCAUGCAUGGACAUACCGUGUUGAACACGCCCACCAGCAGCUGCUUCACGUACCUGGUUUACUGCACAGAAUGGCAAAUCUCAUGGGAAUUGACUUCCACGGGGAGAUCCCAGAUGAGGGCAGCAUUGAGCGAGUGUUGCAGGAGAUGUGGAAAUACAAUCAGACCUACCAGCUGUCUCAAGGGACUGCAGAGGAGAAGGUUCCCGUCUGGUACAUUAUGGAUGAAUUUGGAUCACGCAUUCAGCAUUCAGAUCAGCCUAGUUUUGCAACAGCACCUCUAUUUUAUAUGCCUCAACAAAUUGCUUACACUGUUCUCUGGCCUUUGAGAGACCUUGAAACUGGUGAUGAAGUGACUCGUGACUAUGCUUAUGGGGAAGCAGAUCGCUUGAUCAGGAAGUGUGUUUUGUUACCAUGGGUACCUACUGAAGUGUUGGAUGUCAACUGUUUUACACCAGAGCCGUCAGAUGAGCAUUACCAGGCUAUUUUAGCAGAAAACAAGGAAAAACUGCCUAUAGCGAUAAACCCACCAGUUUAUGACAAAGACAAAGUUUUCAAGGUUUUCACAGACAUUCAGCAAGUCCUCAACAACCUGACACAUCCCCGUUUUGUAUUCACAGACAACGAGGCAGAAGCAGACAUCCUGUACAACUUCUCACACUUCAAAGAUUAUAGGAAGCUAAGUGAGGAAAGGCCUGGGGUUAUGCUGAAUCAGUUUCCGUGUGAGAACCUCCUGACUGUCAAAGACUGCCUAGCGUCCAUCUCUAGACGAGCUGGAGGAACAGAUGGGCCAAGAUGGUUGCCUCGUACUUUUAACCUCCAGACAGAAUUGCCUCAGUUCAUCAGCUACUUUCAGCAACGCGAUAGAAGAGGAGAAGACAAUCACUGGAUAUGCAAACCGUGGAACUUGGCCAGAAGCCUGGAUACCCACAUCACCAACAGCCUUAACAAUAUCAUCAGGCAUAGGGAAAGCAGCCCCAAGGUAGUGUGCAAAUAUAUUGAUAAUCCAGUCUUGUUUCACCGAGAAGAUGUGGGGAUGGUUAAAUUUGACAUCCGUUAUGUUGUAUUGCUGCGGUCCAUAAAACCACUCAAGCUUUAUAUCUAUGAUGUAUUCUGGCUGCGCUUUUCAAAUCGGGCAUUUUCACUUGAUGACUUGGAUGACUAUGAGAAGCAUUUCACAGUCAUGAAUUAUGCUCCUGGUGUAACAUUAAAACAGGUACACUGUGAUGAAUUUAUUCCUCUGUUUGAAAAACAAUAUCCUGAAUAUCCUUGGACAACGGUACAAGCAAAUAUUUUUAAGGCAUUUGCUGAAUUGUUCCAAGUUGCUUCAGCUAAACCUGCUCCUCUGGGCAUCUGUGAUUAUCCAUCAUCAAGAGCAAUAUAUGCCAUUGAUUUGAUGCUUAAAUGGGACACCAGCAGAGAUGGGAAAAGAAUUAUGCAGCCUCAGAUCCUGGAGGUGAACUUUAAUCCUGACUGUGAUAGAGCCUGCAAAUACCACCCUACCUUUUUUAAUGAUGUCUUCAGCGCCCUGUUUCUGGAUGAAACAGACAGCUGCCAUGUGACGUGCAUUGUCUAGCCACAGGAGGCUUGACUCUAUUAAUUUCCUUCCCAGAUAUGCUUAACAGCAAGAUUUAUAUUUCAGUUCUAUGAGCUGCUGAUGCAACUAUUUUCCUAUACUAGUAACCUAGGAAAAAAAAAUUCAUAUCGAAAGAAUAUGCGUAUACCAUAUACUGUAUUGAUAAUAAUUUUGUCUAUAUUUUCCUUGUCUUGCUUAGUUCUAUAAAUAAUCAGUUUGUGUUGACCAAAUGUCUGAUUUAUUGAAUAUGGGAGACCUCAAAAUAGGACGGUAACUGGAGCAAUUGACUUGUUUCUCAGGUAGCCUGAUUGCUUGCUUGCUGGGAAACAUUGCAUAAGUUCCCCGUGUCAACAUUAAAACUAUAAUUUACU